CAUUUUGGCUUCUGCAUUACAGACAACAUCAAGUCUUCUAUCUUUAAAAAAGCCUCCUCCCUGAUCAAGCAGGCCUCGCCAGGCAUUCAGAUACCCCUUUCCCCCUCUUUACAACGGACCUCCCUCUCCAUCUGAGGAUUGAGGACACAGGGGGUAUUCUUUGAUUGGUCCCAGUACUAGACCUCUGGGAGCAAAUCAACAGAUCUACAGUGUAGUAAAUCGCUCAGGAGACACUAAAACGGUGUGUAUCUUCUGGUGUGGACAGUGCGAGCCAUAAGGAGGCACCAUGGCGGGGGCCUCGGUGAAGGUGGCGGUGCGGGUUCGCCCCUUCAACUCGCGGGAGAUGAGCAAAGAGAGCAAGUGCAUUAUCCAGAUGUCAGGAAAUACAACCACGAUCAUCAACCCCAAAGCACCCAAAGAAACCAAGAGCUUUAGUUUUGACUACUCUUACUGGUCACAUACCACGCCAGAGGACAUCAACUAUGCGUCUCAGCAGCAGGUCUACAAUGAUAUUGGUGAGGAAAUGCUGCUCCAUGCCUUUGAGGGCUACAACGUCUGCAUUUUUGCGUAUGGCCAGACUGGUGCUGGCAAAUCAUAUACUAUGAUGGGCAAACAAGAAAAGGACCAGCAAGGAAUAAUCCCACAGCUAUGUGAGGAUCUUUUUACCAAGAUCAAUGACAGCAAUACUGACAACAGCAUGUCUUAUUCGGUGGAGGUGAGCUAUAUGGAGAUUUACUGUGAGCGUGUGCGGGACCUGCUGAACCCCAAAAAUAAAGGGAACCUUCGAGUGAGAGAGCACCCACUGCUAGGCCCAUAUGUGGAAGAUCUGUCCAAACUCGCUGUCAUGUCCUAUAAUGACAUUCAAGACCUGAUGGACUCAGGGAAUAAGGCCAGGACGGUGGCUGCCACCAACAUGAAUGAAACAAGCAGUCGUUCCCAUGCUGUCUUCAACAUCAUCUUUACACAAAGGAGGCACGAUUCAGAGACAGACAACACAUCUGAGAAGGUCAGCAAAAUCAGUCUGGUGGAUUUAGCCGGCAGUGAGAGAGCUGACUCCACUGGAGCUAAAGGCACUCGGCUCAAGGAGGGAGCAAAUAUAAAUAAAUCCCUCACCACGCUGGGAAAAGUCAUUUCAGCACUGGCAGAGGUGGAUUCUGGAUCAAACAAGAACAAGAAGAAAAAGAAGGUGGAAAGUUUUAUCCCCUACAGAGAUUCUGUACUGACGUGGUUACUUCGAGAAAAUUUAGGUGGAAAUUCUCGCACUGCCAUGGUAGCUGCUCUCAGUCCUGCAGACAUCAACUAUGAUGAAACUCUCAGCACACUCAGGUAUGCAGACAGAGCCAAGCAGAUCCGCUGUAACGCUGUCAUUAAUGAGGACCCCAACAACCGGCUGGUGCGUGAGCUGAAGGAUGAAGUGUCACGUCUGAAAGAGCUCCUCUAUGCCCAGGGCUUGGGUGAUAUCAUUGAAACCUAUCGGGGUCCUGUCGAUGACAAUGCUGGUUUGGGUUUGAAAUACUUUUCUGAUUACAAGAACAAUAACAAUACUGGCCAGGCUGUCAAUGAAAGGGGUGAUCUCUCCGCAGUGACCAAUGCCAUGACAGGGAUGAGUCCCUCCCCCUCCCUCUCCGCCCUGUCAAGCCGUGCUGGGUCCAUUAACAGCCUGCAUGACCGCAUCAUGUUCAGCCCUGGGAGUGAAGAGGCCAUUGAGAGGCUUAAGGAAACUGAGAAAAUCAUUGCAGAACUCAAUGAAACAUGGGAGGAGAAGCUUCGCCGUACCGAAGCCAUCAGAAUGGAAAGAGAGGCCCUGCUUGCUGAGAUGGGUGUGGCCAUGAGGGAAGAUGGAGGCACUGUUGGCGUCUUUUCACCCAAAAAGACUCCCCAUCUGGUGAAUUUAAAUGAAGAUCCUCUGAUGUCUGAGUGUCUCCUUUACUACAUUAAAGAUGGAAUAACCAGAGUGGGAAGAGAGGAUGCGAUGACAAGGCAGGACAUUGUUCUCAGUGGACACUUCAUAAAAGAUGAGCAUUGUAUUUUCACCAGCAGUGCAGGACCUAUGGGAGAAGUCAUUCUGGAGCCAUGUGAAGGAGCUGAGACCUAUGUCAACGGAAAGAAAGUGACAGAGCCCACUGUCCUUAGAUCAGGGAACCGCAUCAUCAUGGGGAAGAGCCACGUGUUCCGCUUUAACCACCCGGAGCAGGCACGGCAGGAGCGGGAGAGGACUCCAUGUGCUGAAACUCCAGCUGAGCCCGUGGACUGGGCCUUUGCUCAGAGAGAGUUGCUAGAGAAACAGGGCAUCGACAUGAAACAGGAGAUGGACCAGAGACUUCAGGAGCUGGAAGACCAAUACCGCAAAGAGAGGGAGGAAGUUAAUAAUCUUUUGGAGCAACAGAGACUAGAUUAUGAGAGCAAGCUGGAGGCCUUACAAAAGCAGGUUGAUCGUUAUUAUCCUGAAGCAACAGAGGAGGAGGAUGAACCUGAGGAGGAAGUGCAAUGGACUGAGAGGGAGACUGAGCUGGCCAUGUGGGCUUUCAGAAAGUGGAGGGGGUACCAGUUUACCUCUCUCAGAGACCUUCUCUGGGGCAAUGCCAUCUUCCUCAAAGAGGCCAAUGCUAUUAGUGUGGAGCUCAAAAAGAAGGUGCAGUUUCAGUUUGUGUUGCUGACCGAUACGCUCUACUCUCCACUUCCUCCUGACUUACUGCCUUCUGAUGUGACUCAAGAGAGGGAGAAAAGCCCAUUUCCCCGCACCAUCGUAGCUGUGGAAGUGCAGGACCAGAAAAAUGGAGCCACGCAUUAUUGGACCCUGGAAAAGCUCAGGCAGCGUUUGGACCAGAUGAGGGACAUGUAUGACCGUGCUGCAGAGGUUCCCAUUGGUGCCACAGAGGAGUGUGACAGUGUACUGACGGGAGGAGACCCUUUCUAUGACCGCUUCCCUUGGUUCCGCCUUGUUGGGAGCAACCUCCUAUUCACCUCAUGCCUUAGUGAGCAAGUAAAAGACCCCAUGGCCUCCCCGACCACCUCUGACCCCACCGAGACCACUGAACCCACCGAGCUGAUCCAGUCAUGGCACUGCAGGGGGCUUGGGGCAGAGAUGGACUGCUUCACAGAUGAGCUCUUGUCGGAUGACCUGUGUUCUGAGCUUGGCGAGGAAGAUGAUGACGACCAUGACAUUUAUAAGGACGAUGAGAAGGGGCUUUGCAGAACCUCCGACGAGGCGGAGGACCCGUUUUAUGAGCGUGCUCCUUUGUUCAGUGUAGUGGGAAGGGCCUUUGUGUAUCUGAGUAACCUGCUAUACCCUGUGCCCCUGGUACAUCGGGUAGCCAUUGUCAGCGAGAAGGGAGAGGUCAAGGGGUUCCUGCGUGUAGCAGUGCAGGCAAUAUCAGGCUCUCUGGUUUUUCCUCCAGCUGAUGAGGAGGCACCGGAUUAUGGUUCAGGUGUGAGGCAGUCUGGAACUGCCAAGAUCUCCUUUGAAGACCAGCAGUUUGAGAAGUUCCAAUCAGAGUCUUGCCCAGUUGGUCUCUCCAGCAAAGGACUUUCUCAGGAGGAGUUGCGGAUCGUGGAGGGUGAGGGACAAAAUGCAGAGAUGAUGCCAUCUGCCGAUGAGGUUAAUAACAACACCUGCGCAGCUGACCCAGAAGAACUAGACGGCAACAUAAAAGAUGGGGUUCUGGAUGGAGCUUUGGACCAUCUUAAGAUAGGAGAGCUCUUUACAUUCAGAGUAACUGUCCUCCAAGCAUCCAGCAUCUCCGCUGAGUAUGCAGACAUCUUCUGCCAGUUUAACUUUAUCCACCGGCAUGAUGAGGCGUUUUCCACAGAGCCACUGAAAAACACCGGACGAGGUCCACCACUGGGAUUCUAUCAUGUACAGAAUAUUGCAGUGGAGGUCACUAAGUCUUUUGUGGAGUACAUCAAGACACAGCCUAUUGUGUUUGAAGUGUUUGGUCACUAUCAGAAACAGCCUUUCCCUCCAUUGUGCAAGGACUUAAUGAGUCCAUUGCGUCCAUGCAGAAGACAGUUCCCAAGAGUUAUGCCUCUAUCCAAACCAGUACCUGCUACUAAGCUGACGACUCUCACACGUCCCACAGCCGGACCCUGCCACUGUAAAUACGACCUAAUGGUAUUUUUUGAGAUCUGUGAGCUGGAGGCCAAUGGAGACUACAUCCCUGCUGUAGUGGACCACAGAGGUGGAAUGCCCUGUCAGGGCACUUUCCUGUUACACCAGGGAAUCCAAAGAAGAGUUACAGUGACUAUAGUGCACGAGACAGGGGGUGACAUUAAUUGGAAAGAGGUUCAUGAGCUGGUUGUAGGCCGCAUUCGAAACACUCCAGAAGCAGACGAAACCAUCAUAGACCCCAACAUUCUGUCCCUUAACAUCCUGUCUACUGGAUACAUACAGCCAUCUGCAGAUGAUAGGCAGUUUCUUGAUUCGGACAUGCCUAGGACAUUUUACCGCUUUGAAGCUGCGUGGGAUUCAUCCAUGCACAACUCGCUUUUGCUGAACCGAGUGACUCCGUAUGGGGAGAAAAUCUAUAUGACUUUGUCUGCUUACCUGGAGAUGGAAAACUGCACACAGCCUACAGUCAUAACCAAAGACUUCUGCAUGGUGUUUUAUUCUCGAGAUGCAAAGCUCUCAGCCUCACGCUCCAUCAGGAACCUGUUCAGCAGCGGAAGCCUGAAGUCAUCUGAAGGAAACCGAAUCACUGGCGUGUAUGAGCUCAGUCUGUGCCACCUGGCAGAUGCAGGCAGCCCAGGAAUGCAGCGAAGGCGCAGGCGGGUGUUAGACACAUCUGUGGCCUAUGUGCGAGGGGAGGAGAAUUUGGCUGGAUGGAGGCCCCGCAGUGACAGCCUCAUCCUGGACCAUCAGUGGGAGCUGGAGAAGCUCAGCCUCCUGCAGGAGGUGGAGAGAACCAGGCACUACCUCCUCCUGAGGGAGAAGCUGGAGUCCACCCUGCUGCUGGGCCAGGAAGUGCCGCUGUCCUGUGUGUGUGAAGAUCUGACCGAGUCCUCCUCCCCGUCCAAACACCUAGGGCAGGGUCACGACUCUGAUGCUGACCCUGGGCAUGAAAUAAUCAACGAAAGGCAGCGUAAGCUUGCUGCCAAGUGUUUGCGUUUGCUUACCCACACCUUCAACAGAGACUACAGUCAUGUGUGUGUGAGUGCCAGUGAGAGUAAGCUGAGUGAGAUGUCUGUAACACUGAUAAGAGAUUCCACCUCUAUCUCUGACAUCAACACCCUCACACCCUCCUCCACCUGUCCCUCACUGAUGGAGGGAUGCUACAGCAGCAACACUGAGCUCAGACCCCCAGCACCUCGCUCUCGUGCCGUUAGCCCCAACCGAGGCUCUACAUCUGAUGCAGAGUGCAAGAAGUCCUCCGAUGGAACUCCAGGGUCCAAAUCAAGGACCCACACAUUUGUCCCUGACAUUCAGGAGAUCCGUGUCAGCCCAAUAGUAUCGAAAAAGGGCUACCUGAACUUCCUGGAGCCGCACACUAACGGCUGGGUGAAACGCUACGUGGUGGUGCGCCGGCCAUACGUUUACAUUUACAACUCGGAGAGAGACACAGUGGAAAGAGCCAUCCUUAACUUGUCUUCUGCACAAGUGGAAUACAGCGAGGACCAGCAGGCCAUGCUGAAGACUCCCUUUACAUUUGCUGUGUGCACAGAGCAUCGUGGGAUCCUUCUUCAAGCCAGCAAUGACAAAGAGAUGCAUGACUGGCUGUAUGCAUUUAAUCCUCUUCUUGCUGGCUCCAUCAGAUCCAAACUCUCCAGAAGAAGAGCAGCACAGAUGAGGCUUUGAGAGGACAAAAGCAACAGAGCCAACAAACAAAGACUAUCCCUGUAAAUAGAGUCCUCUAUUCCUGUUCCCAGUCUGGUCUCUAACACUUGUCACACUACUCCCUUUCUGUGUGCACCUGCACUCACCCUAUCUAGCACUAAGCAUCUGUGUAGUAAAGGCUCACAACCCUGUGUGUCUACCAGGACCUGGAUGCCCAACUCAUAACCCUCCUAGGAAUCUAAGGCCACUAUGUUUUGGAUCAGUGUAAUAAUGAAGAAUCAAAGCACUUGCUUAGCUUCAUUUAGGUGUGUAUAUAAUCUCACAAAAACGCUCCAACAAUAGCCUGACACAUCCAGAUCAAGUGAAACAUAUUUUAUCCAGAUUUGUUAACAUGAGUAACAAAAAGUAGACCGUUUAUACAAAGCUAUCUCAGUCACAUGACCUUACUGUGGUAUUCUUUACAGUUGAAUCUGGUCAGUAUUUGAGUCAGUCAAUACUAUCUUUAUUAUCAGCUCCACUGACACUUGUUAAGGGCGCUGUAUCCUAAAAUGCAUACUAAAUUAUGAUUCUAAAUAAAAUGUCAAAAUAGCAUGCAUUACUAUUUUACGUACUAUUUAGUAUGAUUGGUAGUAUGCAGUUUGGGAUGUAGUCAGAUUCUUCCCAGUUCAGCUGUAGUGCAGGUUUUGGAUAGUCUCUACAGAAAACAUAAUAUGAUCUAAAAGGCCCUGCAAUGAGAAACAUCAAACAUUGCUCAUGACAUAUUCACACAGCUGUAUAUAUAUUGAAAAAAUACAGAAAAAAGAAGAGAUGGACGGUCGUGCGUGAGUCUUAUCUAAAUUGUAUCAUAAUCCAGUUUAAUAUUUUCUAGAAUGAACUUAUCCCUUAAAGAUCUUAUCUCUGGUUGAUUUACUUAGAAGUUUAUAUUAAAAUCUUGUCAAGUUAGACAUUUAUUUAACAUGCAUUUAUUUAUUUGGUUGUGUAUUUAUUGAUAAUGUUUUGAUGAUGUUUAAUGCAAUUAUCUGCAAAUGGCACUUUCCCCCCCACCCCCCCAUGAGUUCUUCUAACCUUUUGCUUAUGUAUCAUGUGACUGUCCCUCCUCGACCCACAGAAUGCUUUUGAGGGAUAGGAAUAGGAUGUGACGCUGUGACGGCUGCUACUAUGUGUAGAUCACAUGAAUGUUUUAUUAGUAAGUCAUCUGAAACGAGAAAGAGCCUUUUGCAAAAUAUCCAGUUGUGAAAUCGAGAAAGAUUACCCGAGGUUACCCAAAUCAGUUGAAGACAAAAGUCUGUAUAAUCACAAACUGCAGGUUUUUAAUGGUGUAUAUUACAUGGUUUUAUUAGCUUCUCAUUAUUCCAUUUUCUCAUUUGCUAUUUUUAUUAUUCAGGUCUCCUAAAUCAUGUCAGCCCAUCAAUCGAAUAUCUUAACAUGCCCCAAUUUUGAUAUGUUGGAAGUUGAGUUUUUAUGCUGUGCGUGUACUACAUCCAAGUCAUUUUGUACGGGUGAUUGGUCUGUAUUUUCUCCUUCCCAUACACAUGCUCAAAAAUCCAGCUUUGCCUGACUAGCUAGCAGCUUCCAAAACAAACGCAGAGCAAGUCGAGCUGGUAGAUCAUGGUCAUUUAACAAACACCAUCUUUUGUAAAGGUCCAAUUACAAAAAAUAUCCUUGCUUUGUUCUAGAUAAGCUAUUAACACAUGAUUGUAUAAACUGCAACAGAGGAUCUACUAUAAAAGCCAAGUUGGUACAUACCCAAAAAACUGAACCACACUCUGCAGCAGUAUUUUUCAAGUUUCAGUCCACUAAAAUAACUUGAUGGCACUGCCUCUGGACCAGAUCCCUAGCCUCCCCCCAACUAGUUUGUCAAGUGGUCCCCGUUAAAUGGAAACCAUUUAUGAAUGACUGAUAGUAAUGCAACAUCAAAUACUUUUUUUUGAGAAAACAAAAAAGUACAGUCAUUGGAAAAUGUAAAAAAUAUUAAUCAAUUUUAUUAGGAAAUAAUCAAGCUGGAAAAAUGUAUAAAUAUAAAAGAUGAUGCACUAGUUUGACCACCUCAUGUGUGUUUGGCAGCUGUUAGCUGAUUACACAAUGCAGGGAUUCUCAACAUGGAACAGGAAUUUUAUUUUAUUUUUAAUUUUUUUGCACAGUUCAACAAUUCUGCACAUGGAAAUGGACCUAACGUGCACAGUGUGUUUGUGAUGUUCAUGUAAACAAUCAAUUCAACCAUCAUGGAACGUUAUACUGUGCAAAGAUCUUGAGCCACCACUCACUCACUCACUCACUCACUCACCUUCUAUACCACUUUAUCCUGUAUUCAGGGUCGCGGGGACCUGGAGCCUAUCCCAGGAGGCUUAGGGCACGAGGCUGUGUACACCCUGGACAAGGUGCCAAUCCAUCGCAGGGCACACACACAUGCAUACACUCACACCCUCAUUCACACACUAUGGGCAAUUUGGGAACGAGCCACCCCUCAUUACUUCAUAUUUUGUUUCCAAAGACGGGGUUCAGAAAAAGUUCUCCCGGCUUCCUGAAGGACGUUUUUCCCUCAGUCCUUGUACCUGACCAGUUUCAGAGGAAUGUAAUGUGUUUGUUAAUCUGUACAGUGAGCUAUGCACCAGUAAAGCAUAAAAAGUAUCUACUGUGACUUAGGACAUAAACCAGUGAGAAACAGGUACAGAUGAUGACAGAUGAUCUGACCGGUGAUUAGUAUACUGGUGAUGCUGAAUGCUGAAUGGUUGGAACUGAUGAGAAGGGAAAUGAGGUUGCUGCUGAAGUAGUUUCAUAAACAGACAACUUUUAAAUUGUAUCUUUAGUCUUUUUGCAGCAUAUCACUGUAAAACAUUUGUUCCUAUCCCUUUAAUUUAAUCUACAUCAUUUAAUUUCAUUUAACAUGAAGAAGUGACUGGUGGCUCAAGACUUUUGCACAAUACUGUAUUUGCUACAAAGUACAAAAUAUUAUAGUGGAGACUGCAAGCUUAAAUAGUGCUGUAGGCAUUUUAAUGGCACUCAUAAUGUAGGUUAAAUAACAUCUAAGUCUCAUUUUUGGUUUGUGCGUGAUGUGACUGUUGGCUUAAUGUUUAAUGAGUCUGUGUUGUUAGAGAAAUACCACAGUUUGUUUAUGAGUAAAAAUCCACACUGCACUGCUGAAAGUGGAGGUUAUCAGAAACUUUUUCGUGGUUAAAAUUUCCUGGAAUGCUACACACCACUGAUGCGCGCUGUUGUUAUUGGAUGUGCUCAACUGCUUUUUUUUUAUGAAGGUUAACCUUUACCUUGUAUUUUUUAAAGCAAUGUUUGUCUACACUGGUAAAAGUAGAUUUGCUACUAGGAUGUUGAACUGAAACUGAUCGCAUGACCCCUGUUUAUUACGGUUUAGGCCAGAUGAUUGAAUCAUUGUCUUGAUUUCUCCUUACACAGAAGGGCAGAUGGCAGCAUGACUGAGGCCAGCCAACCUCCAGAGCAUGCUUAGUAAUGCCAAGACUCAGACUAUCCUAGAGUUAUUUUGGUCUGAAGAAAAAUGUAUUGUAUAGUAUAAUAGCUAAGAAUUUAUGACUAUGACUUUAUUCGUUCUUUCAUGUGAAAUUGGCCAAUUCAAAUUCAAAUUUUAUUUGUCACAUACAUAGUCAUACACAUACGAUAUGCAGUGAAAUGCUAAGUCCACUGAAGCCACAUUAAAGCCACAUUGGUUAAACUUCAAAGACGGGAUUUGUCAGAUCUACUUAUAAUGCUGUAAUUGUUAUCUGCACAGAUCAAUAUAGAAAGGCCCUGUUUGUGCUGUUUGUGAUAAACACCAUCUGAAUAAGUUUUGCAUGGAAAGGUUUUCAAGCUGUCUACAUACUUUAUCUAAACAAAUGUGCUCCGGUGUUCCAGAUUGUCGAUAAAUACUUUGAUCCAUUUCUAAAGCUUUAUGUUUGUGUCUGAACAUAUCUGAAUGAAAAUGAAGUGUCAGUCAUUUUGUUAAUGUCUGCGGUUGUCUUUUGUCUGUGCACUGCUUUGAGAAUGUUGUUGAGAGUGCGUUGGACGAAAUCCUGCACCUUCUUGCCUGUGUCACUGAAAGACGUCCGGGCACGGCAUUAUGAUUCUCAGUUCUUCACCAUCACAGAGCUUACAUACAGCAGCCUCCACGAGAAAAUCUAUACAAAACAAACAAAUGAUAGGCUCUCUUCAUCAACAGCAUUUUUUUGUGUGCUUCCAUUUUCAUCAUAUGCACAAACUCCAUUCACUGACAUUUUUCUAUCUUCUUGGUUCUACUUCACAUUGUAUAUAAACAUGAUUGCUGUGAAUGGUGUAAUAUGCAGCUGUAACCCAUUGGUACCAUCUUAAAUGGGCAGUAGUUCGAUGUGUCUUGUAAGUGUUUGCGUUAUGAGUCAAAAUGUUUGCUUAGCCUACACCUUAACACACUGUCUGAUAUAAAAUAAACGUGGAAC